UGCAUGUUACCGUCUAAUAGUAAAGCUACUGGUACACUACGAAAGUUUUUCGUUCAUCCAGUGUUCAAUGACGUUUCCAUAUUGCUUGAGGGCGGCAAAUACCGGCGAGUCCUGACCAGCUUGACUUGUCGCUCAGUCUGUGGUGGUGCAUUCUGUGGUACGUUUGCUGUUCUUUCUUUUCUAACACAGGGCAAAGCUUGGACUGUUCUAUUUCAUGCCAUGACGCAACUUUACAUAGGCCUCUGCCCCGAACUAACCGCACCACUAGUGGAAAAAUUUCGCGAUGCCGGCAUCCGGACCGUCGUCGACUUGCUGAACUGCGAACGCGAAGACCUUGCCGGGAGGACCGGCCUUCCGUACAGUGACGUCAUCAGAAUCCGGCGGUCCCUCGUCGCCCUCUUCGCUCCGACGCCCCAAGACGGCGCCAGUCUCUACGACAAGUUCUUGGCAACCACGGCGGUGUUCAGCACCGGAAGCCGCAAGGUAGAUGACGUCAUUGGAGGCGGAGUCUUCACUGGGCAAAUCACGGAGAUUGUUGGCGCCAGCACGUCGGGCAAGACGCAGCUGUGCCACAGUUUGACCGCCCACGCCGUGAUUGACAGCCAUUUUGGGGUCUUGUACGUCGACACGCUGAGUUGCUUCUCUGCCGAGCGGAUUCGUCAGAUACUCUCCUCCGCCCAGCAGUCCGCGAAGCCGGAUCAGCUGAUGCAGAGGGUCUGUCACAUCGGCAUCCGGGACAUUGGGGAACUCGUGCAGCUGGUCGACCAAAUCCGCAACUCACUGGAACGUCGAACGAAUUCGGAGCUGGCCAGCAUCAAGAUGAUCGUCGUAGAUUCGCUGAAGGCUGCCGUUUCACCGGUUCUGACCGGUGACCAGUACGUCGAAGGACUGGGGCUCCUGGCACACCUUGCCAUUGCGUUCCAGUACAUAGCAGCCCGUUUCAGGGUGGCGGUGGUCGUGACCAAUGACGUUGUGACGGGACCCAACGGAAUGAUGAAGCCUGCGCUGGGGAAGUACUGGGCCGACGUGCCUUCUCUAUCUCUCGAAGUGAGCCUGGUAGAUGACUUAUACAGCGACUUGCGGCGGCUGCUAGUUGCCAAGAGCUCGAGGGCGGUGCUUGGCAGCUCGGUGAAGUUCCGAAUUGUCAACAAGGGCGUGACGUCAGCAGGGAUUUCCUGAAAGAAAUGCAGUAAAGAGCCUGACACUCACACCUGCGAUCGCACUAGUGCCUCCGACUGCUGACUUUCGUCUCGACAAGAUGGAGUAUUUCAUUUGUUCUCCUUGACAGUCGGCACCUUGUUUGAUUGUUUCAGGUCUAGACAGGCUGCCGCUGUUAUGUCACGUGACAAGGUAUCUCGACUCCCUUGCUAAUUGGCGUGCAACUAGAAUCUGCUCGACACUUUCAUGUUGAACCAGUUGGAUAGAACUGCCAAUCAUUUGUAAUGUUCUGAAAUUUUCGCUUUCACCUGUAUACAUCAGAAGCUCGAGAAGAUGCAUUUUACUGUCGUCGUACCGUAUGAUUUACUUUUGAUAUUGUGUGCAGAAAACUUUUGUACACUGUCAAAACCGAGAAAAACUUUGAUGGCCUGCAAGUUUUUCAGGAAGCAAUAAACGGGUGGCAAAGAUGUA